AUGGAGCCCAGUACUACCAAGCCAAAAGUUCCAGACUUCCUCUCCAACUUAGGAAAACCCACACUGCGAGGUGUACGAAAGUGCCCACACUGCGGUACCUACAACGGAACCCGGGGCCUUAGCUGCAAGAAUAAGAGCUGUGGCACUGUAUUCCGGUGCCGAGAUGUCAAACAACCAACUAAGGAUGCCGUGAAGCUGCUCACUGGUUCUGACAUGCAGAUCUUCUCAGUCAAACAAAGGGACAAAGGACCUGACCACAGAUGUCUGGUGGUAUUAGGAAUUUCAGAGACCACUAUUCAGACAGCUGAAGGCACAAUAAUCACUCAUAUUAGCUCAGGACGAUGUUUCGCCCCUGGAUGUCUUAAAGCUGCAGCUCGAGGGGGGGUGGUAGAAAAUCAGUGCCAGCACAUUAAGAUGGCCUUAAAUUGCCAAGUUGAAGCGGAGGCACUCCAGUUGAAAAGUUCAGUCUUAAAUGCCAUGCAGAUUCCAGCAGAAAUCAAACAAGACAUUUGGGAACUUGCUAGUGAGUGCUUGGGACCAAUGGUUCAGAAGGUGACCAAAUCCAUAUUUGUAGUGCGCUGUAAAAUCACCCAGCAAAACAGUCUUGGUUACCUUCACGUAUACCUGACACGGAGAGAUGGCCUACAGAAAGGAGUGGGGCACCUUUUCCAGUGUUCCUGUGAGUCUAAAGCACUGGCAUCUAAGACAGAGAUCCAGGACAAAUGUGUGCAUUACUACACCUGCCUGGCUGCUUUUGCCAGUGACGACAUCCUCUCUGAACAGUUCACAGAACAUUUCUAUGUCAUGUCUGAAGGCCUGAAAGAGAUAACCGUCUUAGAAACAGACAGCAAGAUGGAGACUGUGGAAACUGUGGUGCAAAUACAUGAAGAAUCCUCGCCAUUGCUAAAACCCAAGAAACUGAGAAAGGAUGACUCCCCAGGUACAAACUCUCUGGUGCAAGAGGCUACCCUUAACAGUGGGAAGAAGAAUACAGCGAAGAAAAUGCCAGUCAAUUCGGCAGCUAAGAGACCAGCCUCUAACCAGCUGAUGGAUGAGAACCAAGUGUCCCUGACCUUUACAGAUUGGCUGUCCAGCGUGACUGAACGAAUCCAUCAGACUAUGCACUAUCAGUUUGAUGGUAAACCGGAGCCUCUAGUAUUUCACAUUCCUCAGUCUUUCUUUGAUGCACUCUCACAGAGACUAUCCAUGGGUAAUGCGAGGAUGCGUCUCCCCAAUUGCACUACAGCUUUUGUGAGGAAAGAUGCCCUCCCGCUUGGGACUUUCUCCAAGUACACCUGGCACAUAACCAACAUUUUACAUGUGAAGCAGAUCUUUGACACCCCAGAGAUGCCACUGGAAAUCACCAGAAGUUUUGUCCAGAACAGAGAUGGAACAUACGAUCUGUUUAAAUGCCCUAAAGUCGAAGUGGAAAAUAUUGCGGAAACCUAUGGGCGAUUAGAGAAGCAGCCCAUCCGACCACUGGAACUGAAAACCUUCCUGAAAGUCGGUAACACUUCCCCAGACCAGAAGGAGCCAACUCCAUUCACCAUUGAGUGGAUCCCAGAUAUCCUGCCUCUCUCCAAAAUUGGCGAGCUUCGCAUCAAAUUUGAAUAUGGCCACCAUCGAAAUGGACCCUUGCCAGAUAUCCAUGCACCCCAGUCCCACACUUUGGAACACACACUAGAGAUCACACCACUCACCACUAUCACCUUUGAUUGA